ACCUUAAGCAAGCAAGUCAGUUAUUUGGGACACAAGCAUGAAGAUCGUCGCAGCUAUAGUAACCCUGCUCUCUUGGCUUAAUCUCGGAAAUGGUCAAGAAGUUGUAACAUUCCUGGAACCGACGUGUGGCGUUUCGCUUUCUACAAUACACCUUAAAGUAAUCGGCGGUCAAAUGGCAAACAUGUUCGCAAACCCAUGGAUGGCCUUGAUAGUCAGCGACAUCAAUUGUGGCGGUUCGCUUAUCACAGACCGUUUUGUGCUUACUGCUGCACAUUGCAUAAGUCACCACCCCGCUGUGGUACACCUGGGGGACUUCGAUAGGUCGACAACCGCCCAAUAUUGUACGAGAACAGCUUGCAUGCCAAGGGCUAUUAGAAUCCCAGUCGAUGCUCAAAUAGGUCACCCAAGAUUUGUUAACCCAGCUGAAAAUGAUAUAGCCCUGUUUCGUCUGGCCUGGAGGGUACAGUUUACGGACUUCAUCAGGCCGAUCUGCCUGCUGACCAACUACAAUCCCUUGCCACAAAUGAGAUUCUUCACUGUCACCGGUUGGGGUGCAACGGGACAUGGAAAAGGGAGUGACGUUUUGAAGACCACAAACCUGGAGCAAGUGGAUCGCUCGAAUUGCGCAGAAGGAUAGAUAUGUCGCAUAUUUGUGCCGGAGACCGCGCUUCGGGUGUUUGCCAUGGGGACUCCGGUGGUCCAGUCCACG